AUGUCCUCGGGAUUGCAGCGACGGAGAGUUGGAGGCUCUUCUUCCUCCACAUUUGGCCAGAGCAACGAGGAACCAGCCUCGUCGUCAGAGUUCAAUGAAGCCGGGACUUCGGUCAACAUCACGCGGAACGGCUAUGAUACAGAAGACGGCCGCAAAAUUGCCUACGAUCCAGACGACAUGCGAAACAUUGUUGAGGAUUCCAAGCAGCCUAAACUGACUCUCAUGGAAGAGGUCCUACUACUGGGCUUAAAAGACAAGCAGGGAUACUUGUCAUUUUGGAACGACAAUAUUUCAUAUGCUCUUCGUGGCUGCAUUAUUAUGGAGUUGGCGUUCCGAGGUAAGAUUGCUAUGGUGAACGACCCUAGCCGGCGCCGGUUCCCCCUUUCAGACCGCUAUAUUGAGGUCAUUGACGACAAAAUUACGGGCGAAGCUCUUUUGGACGAAACAAUCAAAAUCAUGAAGUUCAGCGAGCCACUCAGUGUGUCGACCUGGAUUGACUAUCUCUCGGGCGAAACAUGGAACCUGACUAAAAUCACAUACCAACUUAAGCAAGUCCGAGAGCGGCUGGCCAAGGGCCUUGUCGACAAGGGAGUGCUCCGAACGGAAAAGCGCAACUUCUUCCUCUUUGACAUGGCCACGCAUCCUGUUGCAGACACGUCUACCAAGGACGAGAUCAAACGCCGCGUCAUCAACUUCUUGACAGCCCGCACCAUUGUUAUGCCCAACACCGUCUUGUUUCCAGACAAUAUUUCCUUCCGCUUUUUACGCUCCAUUGCUCUUGUUGCUGGCGCAUACGCCGCAAACGUUCUUGAAAACGUUCUCACAAACCUGUCAUAUGAUGCCCGUGAUCAAGCUUUCAACCGUGCUGACGAGAUUCUUAACGACUACGCCGAGUGGCCCUUCUUGGCUAGACAGGGCGCUGGUGCCGGCGGCGCCGGCGCUAACUUGACGCAGGAGGUUGCUCAGGAACUUUCCGCCGACACAUCCCGCGAAUUACAGAUUGAAAUCAUAGCCGCAGUGUUAAAUGUCUACGCGAAGCUGGAUUCCAUAUUGUAA